CAAUCCGCAUUUGUUGACGUCACAACACAAAAUUCACCACUUCAUGGAUAAUAUUCCACUGCUGCAGUGGUUGUGUUGGAUGAAAGACAGUGGCAAAAUGACUUUGGUGCCCGAGUAGUGCUGUUUUGUGCAUCCCGAGAGGCGCGGAAGUUGCGGUUUUUUGAGGCUGUAGAGGCAGGACGCAGGGCGUGGUCAAGCGUGCAACAGUACCCCAAGGUUCGCUGUGACCGUAGUUAGGAAGAAGGCGCUGAGCUGAGAAGAAUUUCCCUGUUGGCAAAUCCGCCUGUUUUGCACUCUUUGCAUGCUGGUCAGCGUGUAGCACGGAGUGUCCGUUCGAGUUCGUCGACUCUGCCGCGUUAUUUGUUCUGCUAUGGCCCCUCGCUUAUGGUAGACAAGAGCCGCAUCUUAACUAACUUCUUGUGCAACCUGCCAUCGCCCAUCCCCGAGCCACCCUUUGUGCUAGAGCGGGCCUCCCCGACUGCAUGCCGUUCCUCGGUCCCAGGCCAGGCGCCAAGAUGUCGUCCAGACACUCCUCCAUGUUUUACACCGUGGAGGUCGGAGACACCAAGUUCACGAUCCUCAAGAGGUACCAAAGCCUCAAACCCAUAGGCUCUGGCGCGCAGGGCAUAGUAUGUGCUGCGUACGACACAAUCAAGCAACAGAACGUGGCCAUCAAGAAACUCAGCAGACCAUUCCAAAAUGUGACACAUGCCAAGAGAGCAUAUCGAGAAUUCAAGCUUAUGAAGCUGGUGAAUCAUAAAAAUAUUAUCGGACUCCUGAAUGCGUUCACGCCGCAACGCUCCUUGGAGGAAUUCCAGGACGUCUACCUUGUGAUGGAACUCAUGGACGCAAAUCUGUGUCAAGUUAUACAGAUGGACCUGGACCAUGAGCGAAUGUCGUAUCUGCUGUACCAGAUGCUGUGCGGAAUAAAGCAUCUCCACUCGGCAGGAAUAAUUCACAGGGACCUGAAGCCAAGCAACAUUGUGGUCAAGUCCGACUGCACCCUGAAAAUCCUGGACUUUGGUCUUGCGCGCACCGCAGGCACGACCUUCAUGAUGACCCCUUACGUGGUGACACGGUACUACAGGGCGCCCGAGGUCAUCCUCGGCAUGGGCUACAAGGAGAACGUGGACAUCUGGUCAGUGGGCUGCAUCAUGGGCGAAAUGAUCCGUGGCGGAGUUCUUUUCCCUGGCACAGACCACAUAGAUCAGUGGAAUAAAAUUAUCGAGCAACUAGGCACUCCCUCGCAGGGUUUUAUGCAAAGACUACAGCCAACUGUUAGGAAUUAUGUCGAGAAUAGGCCUCGCUAUCCGGGCUACUCCUUUGACCGCCUGUUUCCAGAUGUUUUGUUCCCGACAGACUCCUCAGAACAUAACAAAUUGAAAGCGAGUCAAGCUCGAGAUCUGUUAUCACGGAUGUUGGUGAUCGAUCCAGAAAAGAGGAUAUCCGUUGACGAAGCUCUCCUGCACCCAUAUAUCUGUGUAUGGUAUGACGAAGGAGAGGUCAAUGCGGUAAGAAUCAUCCCUGCUCCUGGGCCGUACGACCACUCGGUGGACGAGCGGGAGCACACAGUGGAUCAGUGGAAGGAGCUGAUCUACCAGGAGGUGAUGGAGUACGAGAUGACUCACAACUCGAUGAACAGCACGCAGCGGGCAGCUCAGCAGGCGGCCGCUGACAACGGCGAGGAUCACUCCGAGGCGGCCGCUGCGGCCUCGCAGGGUUCGUCCUCACAGACACAGCAAGGCUCAACCAGGCGGUAGAUGUGAAGGGUCCCUUUCGUUUUGUGCAAGCAAGAAAAGCUGUUGCAACAAGAAGAAAAGCAAGCAGGAAAGAAAAAAAAGAAAGAAAAUUCCCUCUCCUUUUUACCUCCGUCCUUUAGUGGAAACGAGCGAAGCGCGGACACUUGUUGUGGAGAAGAUUUAAUAUUAUUAUUGUAUCGUUUUAAUUUUUGUUUCUGUCUGUGAUCCAAAGGGUGGAUGCAACCAAGCAUAAGAAGAAUCACACUUGUACACAUAAAAAAAAUACACACACAAGCACGCAUAUACAUAAGAAAGCGGACUUCUUUCCCAAGUGAAGAAGGAGAGAUGUGAAAAGCUGCUAUUUUUAGUCUCUUUGGACAGUCUCAGAUGGUAGCCUAGAGAGGAAAUUUGUUAGAGACAAAGUUCUAGUUGGUGUGAUUUUGAUGAAAUGCAAAAUUUUCUCGAGUUUAUUCACGCAAGAGACAGCUUUUUGAUAUUUUCCUUGGACGUUGUCAUUAUAUUAUAUACAUUCUCUGUUCGUCUUUUAUUAUAUGAACCAAGAAAGACACACUUCUUGUGUUUUUACUCAAAGUGAACUGCACUAGCAAGAAAAUAAUGAAUAAUAAAAUAAUAAUAAAUAAUAAUUCCGUUCCUCUGUAAAUAGCGUCACAUAAACACUGAGCGAAAAGAGAUAAAAAAAGGAAACACUAAUUUUAUCGUUGUUCUGUUCCUUUUAUUGCGAAAAAAUAAAAUGACAAAAAAUACAUUUCUGUGAACAAAAAGUUUAAAAAUGUAAAAAUAAUUAUCAUUAGUGUCAUGUGAAAUUUAAAAUGCAAGUUUCGUCUGCUAAACAGGAAACACACUCUAUAGUAAAGGAUUAUCAAUUAAAGCCAGACAGACUUCCUCAAGUGGUGAGAAGUGUACGUUAGCAGUUACAAGCAAGUUACAAAAUAUCAUGUAUACAGCGUAUGGAGCGAAUGAGAGCUUUUGGAAUAAUUUUACUCGGUGAUGAGUAUGUUUUUAGAGGAUGCAAAUGUCAAUGUGAGUGAUGGUUGGUGCCACCGAAUCAUUAUGAUGAUUAAUAUUAUCAUACUUUUAAAACUCUCAAUUUAAUACAAACAUACAUUUCGUUGCUGCGUCUUACAAUUCUCGACUCACACUACUUUUAUCUUUUUGUGGACACGCUGAAUUUAAUAAAAAAUACAAAAUGCUCAGAUAAAUAAAUGUGUAAUGGUGCAAUAUUUUUCUCUAAAAAUCAUUUCCACCAAAAACAGAGAAAAUAUCCAAGUACUCACUUAAUAUUGUCAACAAUAGCAAGAGUGGUUGUUAGACAAGGGAGAAGAGGAUGAAGUGAUUUGUCUUAAAGAAUUCAAUGUGUGUAAAAACCGAUCAUUUUCUCGAUAGAGCUUUUUCUGGCAUCUUUUCAAACCACUGUGAAAAGAUGAAAACAAACCCGUGCUGCUUUGAAAUCAAUCGAUAAUGAUUCAGGCUUUUGCUUUGAAAUAGACCGCAAAAAACCGAAACUGCAAAAAGAGAGGCAAUAUAUAUAUAAAAAAUAAUUAUAUAUAAAAUACACAAAACUUGGAAGUUGCAGUUUUUCCAGCUCAGACUCUUCCGAAGGGGAGAAAAGUUACAAGUAAAUCUAUAUUAUAGAGAUGCAUACAAAAAUAAGAACUUCCACUUUGUUCUUCUCGAAAAAAGAAAAAAAAGAGUAACAUAAAAAAAAUAUAUAUCGAGUUGAAAGUGCGAGUCCAGCACGUGUCCAGCGCUAUCAAAUUUUUCUAGUGAGAGUCUGCCACCAGCACCACCAACGGGAGUUUUGUAUUAAAGACUGAACGCCACGCAAAAAAAACUUUGAAUUUAGAAUGGGAAAAAAAUCGUGUCUGUUUUUUCGGAAAUCGUUCGUCCCAGUGGCUGCCACACACUUUGUUUUAUUUUUCCGUUUUGUAGACCUGAGAGAGACAAUCUUGUGCCGGAAAAUUUGCGGGAGGUGUGCUUGUGAAAACUUUAAAUUUAAAAAAAUUUUGUCAUGAGUGGAAAAUGUCGAGAAAAGAAUAACCGUGGGGUGCACGGCUCGAGUUUGGUUUUGAAAGAAAAAACACCUGGAUUAUAGCAACGAAGAAGUUUUUUUCAAAUAAAGCUUUUAUCUUGUUCCAAUAGAGAUCAUCAGAAAAUAAACUCGUAUUUUUGGCACACACUCGUGAUUCGUGAACAAAUUGAGAUGCCGUUGAAACUGUUGCAUUUAAAAAGUUGUUUCGUCCCCCCCAUCAGGUUUUUGUAAAAAAGAAGAAAUUGUUAUCAUGAUAAUUGUCCCUGAUCCGUAUUAAAGCGAUACAUUUUCUUUUUAUUCACGACCUGGUACAGAGAUACAGUUUCAUUAUUGGACAUUAUUAUUAAUAACUAUUGGUGGUGUGAGAGCAAAUGAUGAUUUGUGAAACGGUCCCUUAAUUACUGGACUACAAAGAAACCGCAGGAAACAAAUGUGUGUCUCCGUCUUUUUUCCUCUGAGCGUCCUUAUGAAUAUUUGUUGCCUUCAAAGAAUAAACAAAAAUGCUCAGUAGCUGAGCAACCUUGA